GUUCGUUCCACGUAGCACCUGACGUAAUAGUUUGCUACGUUCACUGAAUCAAUAUUCAUUUUUCGAGGAAUUGAACAACAUUUAUUUUCCAUUCAACCGGCAUGAGGAGCCUUGAAUGUUUCGUUCCCAAUAUUUGAUCUCUUUUUGUACUUAUUGCGUCAAGAGUGAAAGAAAAUGGGCCUCAAGAUCAAAGCUGGAAUGGCUAUGACUGGAUUGGUCUUGAGUUGGUUCUUUGGUCUGAACGGUUUGAGUGGAAUCGCGAGUUAUGUGGAUUCUACAGGAAACAUUCUGGUGGACAUUGCCGAUGGGAUUGGUCUCGUUUCAAAGGGUAUUGAGGCUUUGGAAAGUUAUUUGGAGUCCAAACCUGCUCUUCCCUCAUUGCCAGAAGCCCCCGCAGAACCCACAAAUCCUCCAGAAAAAGAUGUUCCAGAUGCUCCAGAAGCAAAUCCAACUCCCACCCAUGCACCAUCUCCUGCUCCGCCUACGCCCGUGAUAUGCCGGAAGGGAAAAUGUACCCCUUAUGAUCCGUCUAAAGAUAGGGUCUUACAAGCUCAAUUGAUUAGGGCGGAACGUGAACGGAUCUUGCAACAAGUCAAAUCAGGCGAGUUGCCAGCAGACACCGUCCUUCCCAAGAGGUUCACCGAUGACGACUUUGACGAGGACGACUAUCGCAUGCGACGUGUCAAAGUUCCAAAGCGAGAGGUGGAAAAGGCAGUCAGCCAGAAAGAGACUGAUCUUACCGAACCAGUCGCUCCCGGUGCGUCAAUCCAAAUUGCGCCGGGCAAUUCAGAGUCAGAAAAAAGGCGCGACAGUGUCGAUAUACUGAAUCCCCAUGACCCAGACAUUCCUCUCAUUCCUGCCAACCUAGCUGAAGGGAACUUCUCCGAAGAUUCUCCUGCCACCAACAGUCCUAAGAGUGGCUCCAACGAGGAAGCGGAUCCGCCAGGCCGUUGGCGUGUGGGUGUUAAAAGAGUGCUCGGAUCUCUUGCAGGGAUGACGGCACGGUUGAAAACAUUAUUAUUAAAAGUGGUCACAACUGUAUUCCCCUGGAAUAGAAGGGCCAAACGGCGUCUAACUGGUGGUGACGGAGAAGAUGACGAAUGAUUCCAAAAGUGUACAUACAUUAAUAAAAGUCCUGUCAAUAACUUCA